CCCCAAAAUUGCCCAGGGGCGGAAGUUAGUCGCGGUCACGUGAUGCGGUUGCUGCCACGAGGAACUCUGGGAAGAGCAACAUGGCCGCGAGGGGGAGAGUGAAUAUGAUCCUUUCUUCAGUACCCUUGCAAUUUUUACUCUUUUUGAAUGGCUGGUAUCUUGGCUUUUUUUUCAUCGCAGAGGCAUUGAUUUUUAUUUACAAAGGUCAAGUGCUGCCCUACCCCUCUUCCAACCUGGCGCUCGACAUCAUCCUGCUCUUUGUGCUCACACUUAUCGAGAUUUUCCGCAUCUUCUUCUGCAGCAAGGGGAACUUGACGGAGCGGAAGGUUCCUCUGAGCGUGGGCGUGGGGCUCACAGUGCCGGCCGUGGUGCUCUCCGUCUACCUGCUGCUGUUGCAGACGUACGUUCUGCGCGUCGAGGUCAUCAUCAACGGAAUCCUCCUCGCGCUGCACGGUGCAGAGCUCAUCCUGAGCAUCGUCGCCAUCGGCACAUUUGCAAGGGCCAACACACUCGGCUGAAUGGAAGAAAACAAAAAUCCUGCAUCCCAGCCAUUCUGACAAUUGGAGGCGUCUACUGUGUCGACUGUAAAUCUGUUAAAUAGGGGUGAUCUUGAGCUGUGUACAUAUUAUUCAGUGUUUCAGAGAUUCAAUGAUUGAAGUUAUUUUUUCAUCUUUUCUAUUCAUAUGGUGUUUUCCACGGUGGUGUGCAUUUGCAUUGAGUAAACGUGCCAUCUCCACUUGUAAUAAUAAAGAGCACAUGUCUAUUUAA